UAUAUUAUAAAAAGGGUAUCAGUCCGCUCACUCGCGCGAGGGGGGAAGCGCGUAUCGCAUGAUCGGACGCUUGGCACGUGCAAAACGUGUCGACCAGGCGUCCGUCCGAUUCCCUCCCACGCCUCUCGUCCCUCCCAUCCGUGUUAAAAAUGGGGCUAGCACGCGGCCCCCUCACACGAGGGAACCCUAGAAAUCAUCUCUUCUCUCUCUUCCUUGUCGCAGAGGCUCGCCGGAAAACCCCAAACGCGCCGGGAAAAGCACUCAUUUUGCCGGCAAACCGCCAUUUGCGUCGAUUUCCGGCCAAAAUAGAGAGAUCCGCCCUCAGAAACUCGCCGGAAAAUAUUGAGUUAGAGCAGACAAGAGAAAGCUUGCGUCUUUCUCCUGAGACCCAUCUCAGAGCUUGAUCUGGAUCGAGAAAUCAAGGUUCAUAAGCUCGAAACGAGUCUGUAAUGGUGGCCAAAGGUGAGAUUCGAGGGGCCUGAGUUGAAGAGCUUGGUUUAGGGCUUAAUGACGACUGAAAAAUAGGGCUUUCAAGCUUUCUUUGGUUCGAAAGGUGCGUGGGGGAUGCUCGCCGGAAGUUGCAGAGGUCGCCGGAAAUCUCUAAGAUCAGGUCCAUUUGGGUGUGCAGGGAAUAGACAGCGAAAUAUACCCUAGAAAUAGUGUAUAAAAAGUUUUAUCCAUUUUCUGAAGGAGAGGGAAAGCCAGCCCUGGAGACUCCAGGGAGUUAGAGUGGGGGAGCAUUUCUGGCUACUUUUCGCAGGAGAAGUGGCCAGAAAAGUUACCAGAAUCAGUUAGGAGGGAGCCUCAUUUGCGCUUUGCAGGCAGUAAACGAUCAGCAAAGAGAAGACGUCACAGCUAAUAAAUAGUUCAGAGAGAGAAAAACCCCUUGAUGCGGGGCAAUUAGGAGAGAGAGAGGAGAAACCCACUGAUACAGAGCAAUUAGAGUUUGCUCUGCUCCGAAUUGGAGCAAAUGGCUCAAGAAAUGGAAGGAAAUGGAGAUGAUGUAGUGGGGGAAGAAGAGGAGGAAGAUGAAGAAGACGACAUGGAAAUGGAGGUGAAGGAAGAAGAGGAAGACGAAGAAGCACAAAAUCAAAGCCACCAUGCUAGGCUACAGAUGCAACAGCCGCACCAUGUUCAAAGCUCAGAGCUUCAACAGCAGGGGGGUUCAGUUGAAGGCAGAAGAAGAUGCAGGCCAAAAGAGGAGAAAGAAAGAACAAAGCUCAGAGAGAGACAUAGAAGGGCCAUCACUGCAAGGAUUCUUGCAGGGCUUAGAAGACAUGGAAACUACAAUCUUAGGGUUAGGGCUGACAUCAACGAUGUCAUCGCUGCUCUUGCAAGAGAGGCUGGAUGGAUGGUCUUACCAGAUGGCACCACCUUCCCCUCAAGACCCCAUAAUGCGAGGACGGCUGCCACGCCCUCUACACCAACAACCUCAUCCCCCCUGCCUGCUUCUCAGCUCCCCCCUGCUGCUCUUAGAGGGGGCAGUGCCACCGGUUCUGGCUUUCGAAACUCAGUGGAGUAUCGUCCAUGUAGACUGAAGGGUGUUUUUGUCCCAACGUCUUUGGCAUCCCCUAGAAUAGUGGCCAAUAUGGGUGAUCGCGGAGAUAAGAAUGAUGGAUCACCCCUGAUUAGCAGUUGCAUGGAGACUUGUGAUGACAAGCAGGUCUUAGAUGUUAGUGGGCGGUUGCCGGAGCGUAAUUUUGCUGGGACUCCAUAUGUUCCGGUUUAUGUAAUGCUACCUCUGGGCGUUAUAAACAUGAAGUGUGAGGUCGUUGAUCUGGAUGGUUUGGUAAAGCAUCUACGAAUACUAAAGUCAAUCAAUGUUGACGGUGUUAUGGUUGACUGCUGGUGGGGGAUAGUAGAGAGUCAUUCUCCACUCGAAUAUGAUUGGCAUGGAUAUAAAAAGCUUUUUCAGAUUAUCCGCGAGCUCAAGCUUAAGUUACAGGUUGUAAUGUCUUUUCAUGAAUGUGGAGGCAAUGUUGGCGAUGAUGUAUGCAUUCCCUUGCCUCACUGGGUGGUAGAAAUUGGGAAAUCGAACCCAGAUAUAUUCUUCACAGAUCGAGAGGGAAGGCGCAAUCCAGAAUGUCUCACAUGGGGCAUCGAUAAAGAGCGGGUUUUGAGAGGCAGAACUGCCCUUGAGGUAUAUUUUGACUUCAUGAGGAGCUUUCGUGUCGAAUUUGAUGAGUUUUUUGCUGAUGGUGUUAUCUCAGAGAUAGAGAUAGGUUUGGGUCCCUGUGGGGAACUAAGGUAUCCAUCCUAUCCUGUGCGACACGGAUGGAGAUAUCCAGGCAUUGGGGAGUUUCAGUGCUAUGAUCAAUAUCUUUUGAAGAGUUUGAGAAAGGCAGCAGAAACAAGGGGGCACUUUAUUUGGGCAAGAGGACCAGAUAAUGCGGGCUGUUAUAAUUCACGGCCGCAUGAUACUAGUUUUUUUUGUGAUGGGGGUGACUAUGAUAGUUAUUAUGGAAGAUUCUUCCUUGGAUGGUAUUCCCAGGUUUUAAUUGACCAUGCUGACCGAGUUUUGGCCCUUGCUAAUCUUGCAUUUGAAGGCACUCGAAUUGCUGCGAAAAUCUCUGGCAUCCAUUGGUGGUAUAAGACAGCCAGCCAUGCGGCUGAGCUGGCCGCUGGUUUUUAUAACCCGUGCAAUAGGGAUGGAUAUUCUCCAAUAGCUCAGAUGCUUAAGAAGCAUGAGGUCGCUCUAAACUUCACGUGUGCAGAGUUGCGAACUCUUGAUCAGCAUGAAGACUUCCCAGAGGCUCUAGCUGAUCCUGAGGGCUUGGUGUGGCAGGUGUUGAAUGCUGCGUGGGAUGUGGGUAUACCAGUGGCAAGUGAGAAUGCACUGCCCUGCUACGACAGAGAAGGGUAUAACAAGGUACUGGAGAAUGCCAAGCCUGCCCACGACCCUGACGGGAGGCACCUCUCUGCCUUCACGUACCUCAGGCUCUCGCCUGCCCUCAUGGAGAGGCAAAACUUCUUGGAGUUUGAACGCUUUGUAAAAAGAAUGCAUGGUGAAGCAGUUCCGGAUCCGCAAUUAUAGCAAUGGAGACUUUUUUGCCAUGGUUUUCACAAGAGGCUUUUCCCUUUUUUCGAUCGCCUCGACUCUUUUCCAUUGUAUAGAAAAAUUUCCACCAAGUAUGUUCCUUUUUUCCUUUGCCUUAGAUGCAAUACAAGUUUCUGAUUGAGUCCGCAAUUUAACGAAGCUCAGAUCUAUUAACAUAGGGAAAGAGGGAUUAAGGAUUGGAAAAUGAUUAAGGAAGUUUUGUUCAGUAAGAGAGGGUGAUAUUGGUUAGGUUUUCCAGUGAGUGUUUCUCCAAGCUUUGUCUCUUACCUUUUUUUUUUUUGAACCGAUGACCAAGCCUUGUCUCUACCUUGUGCGUAUAGAAAUAUUGAGAGAUGAAAAUGGUUCAAGAAUCUUUUGAGACCCUGUUUGACCCCAAUCCCAAGUUUGGAUUUUUGAUGAACCUAUGUGAUUGUUUUGGGGGAUUUUGAUUUCCAAAAAAAAAA